AUGACAUGCAACACUUUUUCACUGUGUCUCAGCUUUGCUUUAAUCUUCUACGUGGCUCAAGGAGCGAAAGUUACUUUCAUAAACCAUUGCGACUACACGGUAUGGCCAGGAACCCUAACCGGCGACCAAAACAAUCAGCUGUCAAAAACAGGUUUCGAGUUGGCUUCAGGAGCAUCCGACUCUGUGGAUGUUCCUUCUCCAUGGUCGGGUCGGUUCUGGGGCCGAACCGGAUGCUCCAACAACGAUGGAGGGUUCAGCUGCGCCACGGGUGACUGUGGCUCCGGUCAAAUCGAAUGCAACGGCGCAGGUGGAGCUCCACCAGUGACGUUGGCAGAAAUCACUAUUGCAUCAGGGGGAGGGCAAGAUUUCUACGACAUCAGCAACGUGGACGGCUUCAACGUGCCCAUGUCCAUAUCCCCACAAGGUGGCAGUGGCGAAUGCAAAACCUCGAGUUGCCCUAAGAACAUCAACGAUGGGUGCCCUUCAGAUCUCCAAAUGAAAGGGUCUGAUGGUAGCGUGAUUGCUUGCAAGAGUGCGUGUUUGGCUUUCGGAGAUGAUAAGUAUUGUUGCAAAGGAGACUACGGCACUGCAGAUACAUGUCCACCUACGCCCGACUCUCAGUUCUUCGAGGAACAGUGUCCUGAUGCUUAUUCCUACGCUUACGAUGACAAGAACAGCACAUUCACUUGCUCCGACAAUCCUGAUUAUACCAUCACCUUCUGUCCUUGA